CUCCUUUAUAAAAAAUAUUUCCAGUUGCUUGAGAUUUGAGGCAAACUAUAUAUACCUACCACGUUCAUAUAUAUUACAGUAUAUUAGUAUUAGUACCAUAUUGAAUGCAGCAGCAGCACUAUGGCAUUUAUGAUUAGCACUAAAAUUCUCUCAACCGCCAAACCUAUUUCCCCAUUUCACAAAUAUGACUCCAAGCGUUCAGAAAUUUUACGGGCGAAUAAGCGCCGCCGGCUGCACGUGUCGUCAUCUGCGGCGGUGCCGGAGCAACCUACGCUAGAAGUUGGGGUGCAGGUGUUUCUGUUGAACGGGAAUAAAGUGCUGAUGGGCCGCCGCCGCACCGCUAUAGGCGACGGCCACUUCGCCCUUCCCGGCGGUCACCUCGAGUUCGGUGAAAGCUUCGAAGAAUGUGCGUAUAGGGAAGUGAAAGAGGAAACGGGGCUAGAGAUUAGUGGAAUGGAGAUUUUGACAAUCACUAACAAUGUGAUUAUGGAACCCAGAGCGAUGCAUCUGGUUGCAGUGAUGAUGCGCGCCGCGCUUGCACACCCCAAUCAACAGCCCCUCAAUGUGGAACCUCUAAAAUGUGAUGGUUGGGAUUGGUACGACUGGGACCAUCUUCCUAAUCCAUUAUUACUAACACUUCAAACGGCUAUUUUAGGUGGUCUAAAUCCUUUCCCACCCAAUUACUAGUGUAUCAUCACUUCUUAAACAUCAUAAUAUUUCUCACGCACAAAAACUCAUCAUAUUGCUUUUUAUGUA